ACAGUUCCGGUGACGCUCGGGGAGUUUGUUUACGUUCGUCGCAGAGCUGUAGGCUGGCUGCUCCGUCUCGUAUUCCAAGAUGGGGAAGUCGUUCGCCAAUUUCAUGUGCAAAAAGGACUUUCAUCCUGCGUCCAAAUCCAACAUCAAGAAGGUAUGGAUGGCAGAACAGAAAAUAUCAUAUGAUAAAAAGAAACAAGAAGAAUUAAUGCAACAGUACCUUAAAGAACAAGAGUCAUAUGAUAACAGAUUGCUUAUGGGAGAUGAGCGUGUAAAGAAUGGCCUGAAUUUCAUGUAUGAGGCCCCACCAGGAGUUAAAAAAGAAAACAAAGAGAAAGAAGAAGCAGAAGGAGAGACAGAAUACAAGUUUGAAUGGCAGAAAGGCGCUCCGAGAGAAAAAUAUGCCAAAGAUGAUAUGAACAUCAGAGAUCAGCCCUUUGGUAUUCAGGUUCGAAAUGUAAGGUGUAUUAAAUGUCACAAGUGGGGUCAUGUGAACACAGAUCGAGAAUGCCCCUUGUUUGGUCUUUCUGGAAUCAAUGCAAGUUCAGUUCCUACUGAUGGCUCAGGGCCGUCGAUGCACCCCUCGGAGCUAAUAGCGGAGAUGAGAAACAGUGGGUUUGCACUGAAACGAAAUGUGCUGGGGAGAAACUUGACCGCAAAUGAUCCAUCACAGGACUAUGUUGCAAGUGAUGGUGAAGAAGACCCUGAAGUUGAGUUCCUGAAGUCGCUGACAACCAAGCAGAAGCAGAAGCUCCUCAGGAAAUUGGAUAGACUUGAAAAGAAAAAAAAGAAAAAGAAAAGUGAUAAGAAAAAGAAAAAGUUACAGAAGAGCAGAAGUAAACACAAAAAGCAUAAAAACAAAUCCCCUUCCUCUUCUUCUUCCUCCUCCUCUUCUUCCUCCUCCUCUUCUGAGACUUCAGAUAGCAGCAGUGAGAGUGACAACAAAGAAAAAAAAAGAGAAAAGGAGAAGAGAAAGAAAAAGAAGAAGACAAAAUGUUCAGGAGGUAAAUCCAGUGACUCUACAGAGGACAAGUCUAAGAACAUACUUCAUGGAGAACUUCCCAGCAGUCACAGUGACAGGGGGAAUGCCAAAGAAAAGCCAAGUCUUCUGAAACAAGAGAGUUCUAGGGAGAAUAGCAAACGGGUCCAUUCUGGUUCUGACCGAAGAUCCAGAAGCCAGCGUCACAGUCCAGAGAAGCAAUGGUGUGACAGAAACGAGGAAAUCCAAAGUCAUAGCAGGGCUGAGAGCAGUAGGAGAAGCCGGAGCAGGAGCCCUGGCUACCAUAAGCAGAGAGGGAUGAGGAACCGGCCACAGCGGAGUCCUGAUGAAGAGCGGAACAGAAGAAAGGACACCAGAGGCCACGGGGAUGAUGAAUAUAGAAGAGAGCGCGUGCGGUGAGCACCCAGGAGACGAAGGCUCAGCAGAGCAGGGGAACAGCUACCUGGGAGUAAAGGACUCCGUUUCUUACUGAGUAUCUUUAGCAAGGGCUAACUUGCACAUUAUUAUCUAAUUAAAAAGAAAAAGUCUCUUAAUUGUC